CGCCUUUGCGGGUCAAAGGUCCUUCUCCAGAGCCGCCGAAUAAACAGAAGAUUGGGAGCGAAGUGCCAUAUGUUGGGGAAUCGGCUGCACCAGCUAUUCAAAAACGAUCUCCAUCUCCUGAGCCUCGGAAAUCACCUUUGCCGGUCAAAGGUGCUCCUAAGCCGGCGAGUAAGGCGAGAAUUGUGAAGGAAUUAAAGGAAAUACCUUAUGAUGGGGCAUCGGCCACACCUGCUAUUGAAAGACAACCUCCAUCUCCUGAACCUCAGAAACCCCCUUUGCUGGUCAAAGGUCCUCCUAAGCCGGCGAGUAAGCCGAAGAACGUGGAGGAAAUACCAUAUGUUGGGGCAUCGGCUACUUCAGCUACUCGAAAACCGUCUCCAUCUUCAGAAUCUUCGACACCCCCUUUGACGAUGAAGGGCCGUGUCCCGUCUCCUGAUGUCAAACCUCGAAAACAAAAACCCGAAAUAAAAUCACCAAAACCUAUACUGCCAGUGGCUCUGCCAGCUGAACCCAAAGCAACCGAGCCGAAGCCUCUUCCGACCUCACAGAUACCUCCUAUUACUGCUACCAAGCCAGUCGAGCCUCCCAAACCGCCUCCCGCGAGGAACACUUCUACAGCAACUAAACCGGCAUCAACUAAACCGGCUAAAGCUCCCCCAGAAACACAAAGCUCCUCCAUACCAGCUACCAAACCGAUACCCAUCCCCUCCAAAACUCUAUCCCAAUCCACCACAAAAUCAGAAGAGACCCUCGCCUCCUCAGACGACUCCUUUGUCUCCGCGUCCGAACGCCUCCCCUCCUCACGUACCGGCCCAACCCCAAACCGCUCCUUCGUAUCCCCCUCCGUCGCCCGAGUCGACUCCCUCGCCAACGCCAUCGUAGCCUCCUCCCUAGCCUCCUCCCGCGCCGCCUCCCCCUCAACCUCCCUCUCCAACCCCCCACCCCUCCCACCUCCACGCCGCCGCCGCAGUUCCCGCGCCCACAUCUUCCACCACCACCACCACCCCUCCAACAAAGAAACCUCGCGCACCCCCAGCCCCGCCGGUCCCCAACUCCGCGCCACCAUGCGCAAACCGCGCCAGGACCAAGAACCCGACGAGCACGAGCGGCGCCUGCGCGCCCGUCCGCACCUCGUCAAGAAGCACCCGCACAAGCACCACGAAGGCGACCGCAAGCGGUGGCGCGACGCGCUCACGGAGCGCGAGCGCAAGCGCUACGAAGCCGUCUGGGCCUCGAACCGCGGGCUCUACAGCGCGGACCCGGACGCGGUCAGCUCGCUCAUCGUCCGCGACGUCUGGAACCGCAGCCGCCUCCCGGCCGAAGUGCUGGAAGAAGUCUACGAGCUGGUGGAUCGCAAGAGGACGGGUGCCCUCGGGAAAGAGGAGUUUGUGGUCGGCACGUGGUUGGUGGAUCAGAGGCUCAAGGGGAGAAAGUUACCGAUUAGGGUUAGUGAGAGUGUGUGGAGGAGUGUGGGCGUCUUGGGGGGGAUUAAAGUUAGGAAGGUUAAAUAAAUGAUUGAGGUAAAAGAAAGAGGGGGAGCUUGGGGGUUGGGGGAAGUGAUUUUGGACAGAAACGCAGAAUACUCAGAUCUUUGAAGCUCGGAUCUACCUACCUACCUAAAGAUUUAUUUGUAUGAAGAUGAUGAUGAGGUGUUAGGAUUCCAUCAUAUAUAUCAUGG